AUGGUCUCACCCAUUCUCUCACAAUUAAACCGCCCCGAUGGUUCGGCAGCAUACAAAUGCCCAGCGACAGGCUACAACAUCUUGGGUGCCGUCAACGGUCCCGUUGAGCUCCCAGCACGCCGCGAUGCAUUGAAACCCGAAGAAGCUACCGUCGAAGUAUUCGUCAAACCUGGUACUACCACCGCCGGCGUGGCUGAAAGAUAUGUGGAAGGAAUCUUGCGGUCGGUGCUAGGGAAGGUGGUCCUGGGUCGGGAGAAAGGCUUUCCCCGUCGCGGUGUGAUCAUCACAUUGGCUAUCGCCGGAGGAGAGAAUAUGGACCGUGGUGACUCUUACCUCACAAUUCUCCCAUCUCUCCUCCAUGCCGCCUUGCUUUCCAUGAUAUCCGCCUCCGUCCCUCUGUCGAUGACCUUCUCCGCCGCCCUUUUCGGUGUAACCAAGACUGGUGAUAUCGUGCGGGACCCCUCUCCGACUGCCGCUAAGGCUUCUGUGUCACUUCAUGUGUUCGCUAUCUCCUCGAAGGGGCACCUUUUACUUAAUGAGAGCGAAGGCAGAUUUGACUUUGAUACUUGGGAGCUUGUCCACCAGCGCGCACUCUCCGUCUGCCAGGGUACAGCCAGCGCCGACGGCGACGUCACUAUGGGCGAAGGAGCCGCCAGUGCAAGCUUGCACGGUCUCAUCCGGGAGGCGGUGGAGGAUCAGAUCUACAGCGACUACGCCUACAAGCUUGACUCUAUCUGA